AUGUCAGAGCCCGUCGUCCAGCACUCUUCGCAAGCUGGCUCAUUGCCCAGCGCUGAGAACCCAGGAAAACUCAUUCAAGCGUCCGGCAUUGCAGCUCCGUACCAAGAUGCCAUCAAGGAGGCCAUCCAGGCACGCAUCCAGCAGGGCAAGUCGAGACCCAAGCUUGUCGGUAUUCUCGCUACCCCCAGCCCACCCAGUGUAGCCUAUGCCGAGUGGACACGCAAAGCGUGCGAGGCAGUCGGCAUCGAGUUUGAAAUUUGGAAGACGUGGGACGACUCGGUCGAAGUCAAGGAGGAAGAUCACAAGGGCUCUGCGCCCGACUUCGACCUCGAAGCCGAUGUCGAGGACCUCAUCAUUGCUGCCAACGCCGACGAAAAGGUGCACGGUAUCAUGGUGUACUACCCCAUCUUCUUUGGACGUCAGGACACUUACCUUCAGCAGAUCGUUGACCCACGCAAGGAUGUUGAGGGUCUUCACUUCAGCUACUGCUGGAACAUGUACCACAACGUGCGAUGGAUCUCGCCCGCCAAACUCGGCAACGCGCCCGGGACCACACGCGAGCUACCCGAGGAGCGCGCCAGCCGCGAAGCGCUUGAUGGCGAGCAGGUGCCUCCCGGCAUGGCCAAGUCGAUCCUUCCUUGUACACCGCUUGCCAUGGUCAAGUGUCUGGAGGCCAUUGGCGUAUACGACCGCGAUCUGCCCUACGGUGACCGACUGUACGGCAAGACCAUCACCGUGAUCAACCGAUCCGAGGUGGUUGGCCGUCCCCUCGCAGCGCUGCUUUCCAACGACGGUGCCAAAGUGUACUCGGUCGACAUUGACUCGAUCCAAGAGUUCAACAAGCGUGCUGUCGAGCCAUCGAGUGAACCUCAGGGCCGCGCGCGAUCCGAGAUUGUCAAGGAAGCGCGUGCUCAGAACACUGCCUCGCAGCUCCGCCCACACCACGUGGUACGCAACUGCAGCAUGACCGCCGAAGAGUGCAUCCGUGCCUCGGACGUUGUGAUUGCUGGUGUACCAUCGGCCAACUACAAGAUCGAGACUGAAUGGAUCAAGCCGGGUGCUGUAUGCGUCAACUUUUCCAGUGAGAAGAACUUCAAAUCCGAUGUUAGGACGCGUGCAUCCAUGUAUCUGCCUGCGAUCGGCAAGACAACGAUUGCGAUGCUCCAGAGGAAUCUGCUCCGUCUAGUCGAGUACCGCGAGCUCUCGGAGGGCUCUUCUAGCUAG